AUGUUUUAUGCUAGUGUACCUUAUGAUCGCAAAGGAAUAGAACGCUUUAUUUUCACCAUUCAAGAGAUCAACAAGAAUAUCCAGCUCCUGUGCAAUCUCACACUUGGCUACAGUAUCCAUGACAACUAUUUGAAAACUCUUGGCACUUCAGAUGUUUUGCUGGACAUGCUCUCUACUGGAGAAGCCAAUGUUCCCAACUAUAGCUGUGGAAAGAAGGACAACAUUUUGGCUCUUCUUGAUGCAGCUGACAGGGAGAUUUCCAUCCAGAUGUCAACAUUAUUCCAUCCCUUUCUGGAGAAGAAUGAGUUCUAUAAUCUUUCCCACUGGAAACUCUACCUGGACAAAAAUGGAGAAGUAACUGCAGACAUGGACAUUCAGUGCCAGGUGUUUAUGCCCAAUGGGGGGUUGCUCAAAAUGAAAGUGGGGAGUAUAGAAAUACAGAGGCUUUUUAUCAACCAAGGAACAAUUUCACGGCUGAAAUUACUCAACAAGCCUUUGCCUCAGUCCAAAUGUGUGGAAAGUUGUCAUCCUGGAUUUGUCAAGCGGAAGCGAGAAGGCGAGCCAAUUUGCUGCUAUGAUUGUGUUCCUUGUCCAGAGGGGACUAUUUCCACUCAGGAAGAUACAGAAAAAUGCACCAAGUGUCCAGAUGAUAAAUAUCCAAAUAAGGACCGAGUUCAAUGUAUCCCCAAAGUUAUAACAUUCCUGUCUUAUGAAGAAACUCUGGGCAUCAUCUUGGUCUCUUUUGCAAUACUUUUGUUCCUAACCACACUGUUUAUAUUAAUCAUAUUCAUUAAAUACCGAGAGACACCCAUCGUGAAAGCUAACAACCAAGACCUCUCUUACAUUCUCCUGGUCUCCCUCCUGCUUUGCUUCUUGUCUCCCUUUCUCUUCAUUGGUCAACCAAGGAAAGUCUCUUGCCUUCUCCAACAAAUGGUUUUCAGCAACACCUUCUCAGUUGCCAUUUCUUCUCUUUUGGCCAAAACAAUUAUGGUGGUGUUGGCUUUCCUUGCCACAAAACCAGGAAACCGAGUGAAAAGAUGGUUGGGGAAGAGCUUGGCCAACUCCAUCAUCCUUUCUUGUUCUACUGUGCAAAUUAUCAUCUGCUCCAUCUGGAUGGGAGUUUCACCCCCAUUCCCUGACUCUGACCUCCAUUCUCAGACUGGAGAGAUCAUCCUGCAAUGCAAUCAAGGAGUUGUUGUCAUGUUCUGCAUCAUUCUCAGUUACAUGGGCCUCCUGGCUGCCAUUUGCUUCGUGGUGGCUUUCCUGGCCAAGAAUCUCCCUGGGGCCUUCAACGAAGCCAAGCUGAUCACCUUCAGCAUGCUGGUCUUCUGCAGUGUCUGGGUGACUUUUGUGCCCACCUACCUCAGCACCAAAGGAAAAUUUAUGGUGGCUGUUCAGGUCUUCUCCAUCUUGUCUUCCAGUACUGGUCUGCUGGGCUGUGUCUUCAUCCCCAAGUGCUUCAUUAUCAUUCUGAGGCCAGAUCUGAAUACAAAGGAGCAGCUUAUAACCAAAAGAAAUGUAGAAAUGUGA